GCCCAAGAGCAGAGCAGAAGAGGAGGGGCGUCACACACAGUUAGCUUUUCUCUCUCAUCUCUCUAUAUCUCCCUCUGUGCUUGGCAUGGUUUUGAGCCUUCCUAUUCUUUCAGGUCUCUGUUGAUUUAAGUGUCGAUUGAUUUGGAACUUGUGGGUUUUGUCACAAGUCUUGAAUUUUGUGUUAAAUUUGGUGGGUACUGUUCAUUUAUGAGUGUUGGAUAAUUACCUUUUUCUUUUUCUCUCACUUUCGAUUGCUUCUUUUUGAUUUUUCCCGAUCUGGGUUGAGAAUUAUUUCGCUCUUUUUGAGCUUCAAGAGGAAGUUGAGAGCUUUGGUACUAGAGAAGAAGAUUACAAGGUCUUUUUAUCAUGAUGAUUAUGGUGGAAAUGAGCGAUAUGUCUCUUUUGACCAGAGAAAAAGAGUUCAGAUAAAGCUCAAGAAAGAACCCAAGGAAGAAAAAGAUGUCCCCUUUGAUGUGCAUUCUUGGGUAUAAUUGCUAAUGAGAGAGAGAAAGAAAAGAGUGUAAAACUCUUCCCUUCUUUCUCUUUUUCGCUCUUUUUUCAUACACACGUUUCGUUUAUUGACUGUGGAUUUGAUGCGUCCUGAAGAAGACCAGUUCUUGCUUAAAAGGGUCUCUAUAGUUUAAGGUUUUUUGGGAAAUUUUUGACAAUACUCAAGAGGGCGGGUGAAAAUGCCGAUGUAUCAGCCUUUGAGUAGGAAGAGAGAUGCGUUUGAAGAGGGUGGUGGUGGGCAUGUGUUGGAUCUGGAAACCGCCGUGAAAGAUGGGAUUUUGGGUGGUGGAGGUGGGGUGGUCCACGGCGGUGCUACCGGGGUGAAAUUUAAUCUGAAAAAGAUGAUUGAAGAGCUCGAUUCUGUGGACAUUCCAUCGGUGUUUAUUUGCCCAAUUUCCUUGGAGCCAAUGCAAGACCCUGUGACCCUUUGCACUGGGCAGACCUAUGAGAAGUCCAACAUUCUCAAAUGGUUCUCCUUGGGUCAUUUCACUUGCCCCACCACAAUGCAAGAGCUUUGGGAUGACUCUGUAACUCCCAACACCACCCUUUACCAGCUAAUUUACAGUUGGUUUUCUCAAAGUUACUCAGCAAUGAAGAAGCGGUCAGAGGAUGUGCAAGGAAGGGCUUUGGAGCUUUUGGAGACAUUGAAGAAGGUUAAGGGUCAAGCAAGGGUUCAAGCUUUGAAAGAAUUGAAGCAAAUUGUAACUGCCCACAAUUCGGCGAAAACAACAGUUGUGAACAAUGGUGGCUUUGGUUUGAUUUCUUCUUUGCUUGGUCCUUUCACUACACAUGCUGUUGGGUCAGAGGCAAUUGGGAUUUUGGUGAACUUGGACCUCAAUUCAGAUUCAAGGACUAAUUUGAUGCAACCCACCAAGAUAUCCUUAAUGGUGGAUAUUUUAAAUGAGGGGUCCAUUGAUACAAAGAUCAAUUGUACGAAAUUGAUGGAAAAGUUGAUGGAGGGGAAGGAUUUCAAGUCAGAAAUUGUGUCGAGUUUGAGUCUUUUGGUGGGACUAAUGAGAUUGGUGAAGGAUAAGAGACAUCCAAAUGGGGUAUUGGCUGGACUCAGAUUGCUCAAGAUGAUUUGUUCACAUGAAGCUGUGAAGCACUCAGUUGUGAGCAUUGGGGCUGUUCCUCAAUUGGUGGAACUGUUACCUAAUCUGAAUGCUGAGUGUUUGGAAUUAGCCCUAUAUAUUCUUGAACUAUUGUCAACCCUUCCAGAGGGUAGAUUGGCUCUGAAGGAUUGCCCCAGAACCAUUCCAAAUGUGGUCAAGUUGUUGAUGAAGGUUUCGGAGAACUGUAAUCAGUUUGCAUUAUCGAUCCUUUGGGCCGUUUGUAAGCUUGCCCCAGAAGAAUGUGCUGCGCUUGCUGUCGAUGCAGGCCUUGCAGCGAAGCUCCUAAUGGUAAUUCAGAGUGGUUGCAAUCCAGUACUCAAGCAACGCGCAGCUGAGCUCCUGAAAUUGUGCAGCCUAAAUUAUACAGCUACCGUCUUCAUUUCAAAGUUGGACACUGGAACUGAAGAGCUGGCAGGAAAUAAUUCACGGCAACGUAAAAUUGAGCUCUGGAGGAAAAAGCUGUUCAUGCUCCCUAAGUCAUUCUCCUAUGCUUACAGUGAAACUGGUGUGAUCUCAGGCUUCAUUGAAGAAGCAGCAAAAAUGCGGCAUAGGCUUAAAUUGAUGUCGUUAUUGGCGAAUCGGUUCGAAACACUCUAG